AUGACCAUCAACUGCUCCGUGGCCGGGACCACCUCUGCCGUCUGCACUGGAAUUGGCGAUGGGCCUGAAGCCAACUUCCCCGGAACUAUAAUCUCAACUAUCCAGCAGAGUGAAAUGUCCUACUUGCCAGUUACUAUCACCGCUGGGUCUGUUACUAGCGUGGCUGCGACCGCUUCGGCUACCACCACGACCGAGUCGGGCAGUAAGGCCACUACCUCAGCGGCUCAGACUGCUUCGAAGUCUUCUGCUUCCUCUUCGGGCUCGAGCUCCAGCUCUUCAGCUGUCAGUACCGGUGGUAUGCCCCAGAUUACUGGAGAUGCCGCCCACGAAUACGCCUGGCUACCCCAUCCUCCAGUCCUUAAUCUGCUUUCAUACUUCGUCCAGGGACUAUGCGAUCCCCACCUUAAUGCUCGAGGCCUGAUAUGUAUAGUGACAUGGUCUCUUUUCAGAUGUAUUAUAUCAUUUGUAUCAUGCAGCUGCUUUGUUCGGCUCAGGAAGUGA